AUGAAUAAACCUGACUUCGUGAAGGUAUUUCCUUCGAAGAAACUAAUAAAUAGGAUAUUAUUCCAGCUGGAUUCUGAUAUUACCUCCAGGACAAUUAUACCAAUUUAUCGGUCAUUAUAUGAGAAAAAAACAAUACCUACAAAAUAUCGUCAUAAUGGUGAAGUGUUAUUUCUUAUGAAUAGAGUCCUUUCAAAAAUAAACAAAAUAAGUCAUUAUGAAACUACACCCUUGAAAGAGAUGAGAAAUUCAUUGUUGUACAAAUCUGCUAAUAAUGGAUCGAACGAUGCUAUUGCAUUAUUAUGUUUCGAGGUAUUAUCAAAUAAGGACGUAACCCCCACUAAGAAGAAGGAAGCAGAAAAGUUGUUAAGAGAUCUGAUAAUGUUAGGACAUGGCUUAAGCUUCAAAGUGGUAGGUGACCUUUAUCAUUCAAUGGGCAAAACUACGGAAUGCAUCAGUUGGUAUGAAAAGUUUUUAGAACAACCGCAAUUGAAAAACGAAUUAAAGGGAGAAGUUUUAGAAAAGAUUGCUGAGAUUCAAUAUAAAGAAGAUUCAAAAAAUAUUAAGAUUGCAGAACGAAACUUCUUAGAAGUAAUAAAAAUUUGUAAGCUCCAAGAUUGUGUUAAAUCAUAUUUUUAUCUGGCUCAAAUAUAUAUAAAGUAUGAUCCAAUGAAAUCAAAAAUACUUUUAGAACAAUGUUGCACUCAGGGAUUUAAAGAAGCCUUUAAAGAACUUGGAUAUCUUGAAAUGAACUAUUUCAGAGAUUACGGCAAGGCACAAGAAUGGUUCAAAAUUGGAAUGGAAGUCUUUGAGUUUGAGUGUUAUUUUGGUUAUUUCGAUUGUUCCUUUGAAUUAAAACAAUACAACAACUGCAUAAAUUGUCUGAAAAGUAUGGAAAUUUUAUCAAAAGUGGAUAAAAAUUAUAAACAAUAUAUUAAAAUGUUUAUUGCAAAUAGAACUGAAAAGAUUCAAAUUUCGAUCAAAAAUUCUAAAUCAGAAAACAAACCCUUAGCAAAUGAAAAUGGUAUAAAUCCUAUUAACACUAAUGUCUCUGGUGUAGAACAAUCGAAUUCACGUUGGUAA